AUAUUAUGUCAUCAUUACUUCUAUUAACACUAAUUCUGUGCUAAUUUUCUCGACCAUACCACGACCAUACCACGACGUCUCUACCCCGCCGAUCCAGCUUGUUCCGUCAAUUAAGUCUAUACCCACCCCCGCCGCCCGUAAUCAUUAUUGCAAUUUUGGCGGUACUGUUCACUGUUCAUGUAUACGAAGUUACGAACGCAGGUAACGAAAACGCACAGCAGACAGCGUAGACCACGUAGCCUGACGGUGCCCUCCGUCCGCCGACCGUCGUACAACACAUUCUCGACGCGUCCCACUCACCGAGGACAGUAACACUCGUUUCGUGUAUCGUCAACUGCGGAGUGCGGGCGGCACAGCAGAGUUUUGCCGUUUCUCGCCGCGGACCAGCGGAUGUCGGAUUUCCGGCACCAUCGCUACGAGAGAAAAAUAUUACAGAUUAAAAAGUAUAUUAUAAAAUAAUGCAAUUAAGUGGAAUAAUCUUUUUAUAACAUUUACAAGAAAAAACCUGCAUUUACAAUGGUAAAUUUGGAUGAACCUCCAUUUCUUUCUGUUGGUACAGAAGUCAGUGCCAAAUUUAAAGGGGCCUUUUGUGAAGCAAAAAUAAGUAAAAUAUCAAAAUCUGUAAAAUGCAAAGUUCAAUAUUCUAAUGGGAUAUCAACAUUUGUCCCAGAUGAUGCGGUGAAAGGACAAUUAAAGGUAGGAGCUAUUGUCAGUAUAAAAUGUAGUGAUAAAAAUGAACUAGUUCCAGCAACAAUUAAAAAAAUUCAAGAUUGUAGUCAAUACACUGUUGUAUUUGAUGAUGGAGAUAUUAAAUGCUUAAAAAGAACAGCAAUAUAUUUAAAAAGUGGAAAACACUAUGCUGAUAGUGCUACUACUAUAGUUGAAAGUCGUAUAAGUCAAACACAUAAAAAGAGUAUCGGGGAAAGUGGAGAAGAAGAAGCUUUUGCAACGGAGGAAAAAGAUGUACUCCCACCACACUGGGAUAAAGAUUCAUUAUUUGGUGUUCGUAAAAUGUGUAUUGCUACAGAUUGUGAACCAAUUGAUAGCGAUAAUUCUGAUAAAGAAUCAAUUGAACAAAAAGAUCAUUUGGUCGCACUGCUGUUUAAAUUUAUGGAUGACCGAGGAACUCCUAUUAAUGAAGCUCCAGUGAUUAAUGAGAAAGAUGUUGAUCUAUAUAAACUAUUUAAGGUUGUCAAUAGUUGUGGUGGGUAUAAUAAGGUAAAUAAACAUAAAUUAUGGGAGUUGGUUGCAUAUAAAGCUGGACAUGAAAAAGAGUCAUAUUUUUCUGUUAAACAUUGUUAUCAACAAUAUUUACAUCAUUUUGAAGAUUUUUAUCGAAAACUCGGAUGUACCAUGAUGAGUCAUUCGAGGGGAGAAAGAUCGCACAGCAGAUUUAGUCGCAGCAUUAUUAGGGACAUCGAUAAGUCAUUGCCUAGCACCUCAUCUGCAACUGAUAAAAUUAAAUGUGCAAAAAAUGAAUUGAACGAUACAAAAAACGAGAAUUCUGCUGUAAUUAAAAAAACAGCUAAAGUUAUUAAAACUGAAGAAAAACGUAUAAAGAUUACUGAAGAAUCUUCAAAGAAAGGUGAUAAAAAGAAAGAAGAUAUUGCUAAUAGUACACCAUGUAAUACACUAUCAGUGAAAUGGGAUCACGAAAUAACAGAAACAAAAGAUCCAGUUAGAAAUUCUAAAACAAAAAGAGAAAUGGUAGAUAUCCUAAAAAUGGAGAUAAAAAAAGAGAAAGAUUCUAAAGCAGUAAAUGAUGAUCAAAUCAUUAAAGAUGUAAAAUUAGAAAAAAAAAUAUAUACUAGAAAUUUAUUUGGAAAAUCAAUGCAAAAAAUUAUUAAAAAAGAAAAAGUUGAAGAAGAAAAAUCUGCAAAUACUGGGUUACCAGGUAUGAGAAAAAUUAAAGGUAUCAAAGAACAAAUUAAAACUGAUAAAGAAAUUAUUACUCCAAUCAAAAAGUCUAAAAGAAGAGUUUCUUAUACCCAGCAAGAUGCUUCAAUUGAAAAACUUGAUGAUGAAAGAUCAAAAUUUACACAAUCAAAAACUAAGGGAGAGGUACCUACUAAAUCAAGGAGAGUAUCAGUUAUAAGUAAUCUUGGUGACAGUGUUACUGGUAUACAACUUACACAGCCUGGACUUCUUGUUGAAAAUCUAAUUAAAAUUAAAAAGGAGGAUGUAUCUGAAAAGAAGAAAACUGGAAGAAAGAAUAAGGACGAUAAAGAGAAAGUGUUUUCAAACGAUAUAAUUCUUACACCUGUUAAUAUUGAGAAUAUGCCAUUUGAUAAAAACACACCAGUGGUUGUUGGAGAUAAUUUAGUAGUAUACUAUGGAAAUAAAGAAGCAAAAACUUAUGAUGCAAAAGUUAUUAGUGUGUGUGAUAUUGAAGGAGUAAAGAAAUAUUACGUACAUUAUAAAGGAUGGAAUUCACGGUAUGAUGAAUGGAUAGAUGUAAUGCGUAUUGCUUAUAAAACUAAGGACCCGGAACCAGGACUUGAAGUAGAUGAUGCAGAUUCUUCAAAAAGUAGUCCUCCAGAACAAAAAAAUGUGGAUCUAAAAAAGGUAUCGCCAACAAGUAGUAGAACCAGAAUUUCAGUUACUCCACUUACACCAAAUUCAAAUGUAAAAAAAUCACAUUUUAGCAGUGCUCAAUCUACUAGAACAUGUACUUUGACCGAUCGUCCAUUAUAUAAUAUUGAUAGUUCCGAUUUGGAAGGAGAAUGCACAUUAAGUGAAGGAUCCUUUAAACAGUACAGUAAGAAAAAAGUCAUAAAAUCAGAACCAGGUGUUAUUAUAAAAACUGAGCCAUUAGAUACUGAUGAUCAGAAAAAGACUGAAUAUCCAAGGACAUAUCCUAGCAAAAAAAAACUUAUGCAGCAAAGUGCACAUUUAAAACCAACGUCAAGUGUGUUAAAAGUUCAUAGCAAUAAAUUUAAAGAAGUUGAUAUAUGUAAGCAAGUGACACUGAAACAGCCAUUUGAAUCACCAAGUUAUAGUAUAAAGCCAAAUACAGAGAAUGAAAAUAUAGAAGCACAGAAUGAAAAUAAAAUAGAUGGUAUACAAAUUGAACUUAAAAUUGCUCCAAAUCAUUGUUUGUCACCGAAAGUAAAAUCUGAAAAAAAUGAUCUGGAGCAUUUUUCUGAAUCUUCAAAAUGUGAGAAUGAAGAAAUCAGAAUUGAAUCUGAGCCGUUCAUAAUUCCAACAAAGUCGGAAAUUUUAAGUAUCAUCUAUUACCCAUUGUCCUCUCAAGACGAAGAACUAAUUCAAUUGAAUAAAGUAACUGAUGUCAUCUCUUCCUCAUCAGAUGACAAAUUUGGUGAGUCUAAAAUAUCUGGUACUUAUUUUGAUCUUAACAAAAUAAGAUCAGAUAUGAAGGGACUAAUGCCAGUUUCAACAAAUAGUAAUAAUGAUAUUAUUAAAAAGACAGAAUCAUUCAUAUUGGAUCAAAAAAUAGAAAUAGAAGUCCCAAAAAUGAAUGAACCAGUUACAGAUGACGAAUUUAAAGAAUCUGAAUCGUGCAAUAUUACUAUUUCUUCUGUCAUAGAAGAAAAACUUUGUAAAUCUAUUAUACAUGAUUCACCAAAAUUAUUUAAUUCAAAGAAACCUGAUAAGUUACAAAGAGUCAUUGAUUCUUCAGCACAAGAGGAAGUAGUUGAACAAAAUAAGUCCAUGAUACCAUUUGUGCCCAACAGCAAUAUCAUUUAUUCAUUUGAUAAUAAUAUUAAAAUAAAAGUUAAUGACAAUUUGAACAUUAUAAAUGAAAUAGAAAAUCCAAUUAUGAUAAAACAAUCUGACAAUGGUUCUAAUGAAUUUCAAAACUUGAUAAGUGAAGUUAUGGUAAAUACGCCAAAUAUUAAAGAAAUCGGGGAACAUUUUCAGGAUGUUCCUGAUUCACAAUAUGAAGUUUUGGAUCUGAGCAUGAAACCAUCUGAAUCACCAUCUAUUAACAACAUUUUUGGUAUGCCGGAGCAUUAUGAACCUAAUGACAUGAUUGUUGAAGAAGAAGAUGAUGAUGAAGAUUAUGACGAAUCAAAAUUGGUUAUAGCUGAAAAUUUUAACAUAGAAACUGAUUACCAAAAGGAUUCUGAUGUUAUGGUUAUUAGCAAAGAACAUAAUUCUUCCGAUGUACAAAUUGAUGAAAACAUAGAAGCACAGUCUCUGGCACUACUACGACCAUAUUUACAUACUAAUAUUGAAAUAGAUUGUAAAAGUUCAUCUCAAAUAAAAAGAGAUAUAAGUAUACCAAAAGAUACAGAUAAUGAAAGUACUACAUUCUGUACUAAAAGCAUUCAAAAUGAUCGUAUUCAAAGAAACUAUUCGAGUCAAAAUAGACCAUACAUGAAUAAUAAUUAUGAAAAUACAAAAUCUGGUUUUGAAUUUUAUUCAAAUUCUAAAACACCUUUAAUUGAAGUUACAGAAAACGUCACUGAAUUUCCAAUUAACAAUAAGCAUAAAAAAUGUGAUUUUGAAGUCGAAAAUGUUAAAGAUAAAUACAAUAAAGAAAAAACUAUGGUGCUUCCAGAAUUGCGAUGUAGAGAAGAAAUAGUAGAUGAAGAUACUCCUAAUAACAUUUUAAAUAUAGAGUACAAUAGUAAAUAUGCAGAAUAUGACAUUCAUAAGCCUAGUACUAGUAAAGGUUUCUUUGAUUCGAUAUAUCAACCAGGUACAAGCAAAGAUAGUUUUUAUGAAACUGACACCAGUAGUGACGCAAAAAAUAGUUUCUUCCAAACUAGUCAAGCAGUCAAAAAUGUUAUUUUUGAUACAAAUGUCCCUGGAAAAAGUAGUUUGUUAGAUCCCAGUAUUCCAAGUUACAGUACCAAAGACUUCUAUGGUCAUUAUAUUCCAAGUUCUAGCAAAAGCAACUUUUAUGAAAACUCUUUGCCCAGUACUAGCCGAAGCAACUUUUAUGAAAACUAUUUGCCCAGUACUAGCAAAAGCAACUUUUAUGAAAACUCUUUGCCCAGUACUAGCAGAAGCAACUUUUAUGAAAACUCUCUGCCCAGUACUAGCAGAAGCAACUUUUAUGAAAACUAUUUGCCCAGUACUAGCACAAGCAACUUUUAUGAAAACUCUUUGCCCAGUACUAGCAAAAGCAACUUUUAUGAAAACUCUUUGCCCAGUACUAGCAGAAGCAACUUUUAUGAAAACUCUCUGCCCAGUACUAGCAGAAGCAACUUUUAUGAAAACUAUUUGCCCAGUACUACCACAAGCAACUUUUAUGAAAACUCUUUGCCCAGUACUAGCAAAAGCAACUUUUAUGAAAACUCUUUGCCCAGUACUAGCAGAAGCAACUUUUAUGAAAACUCUUUGCCCAGUACUAGCAAAAGUGUUUAUAACUCUGAAUGUGAUGUAAAUAAUAUUUUUAUUUGUGAAGAAAUGAUACCAAGGAGUCCAACUGGUAUUUCAGAAGAACAAUAUGAACAAGAAAGAAAUAAAGCUCUUCAAACACUCUAUGAAGAAAGAGAAGCUGCUUUAGCUAUGUGUGCUAUGAAUCAAUCUUUUUGUAGACCAAUGAUUACAUUGAUGGGUGCUACGGAAGAAGAAAUGGAAGAAUAUACUAAUAUUCUAAAAAAAGAUGGAGCAAUUCUUGAUCAACAACAUUUACUGUACUUAGCUGAGAUUUCUAGUAAGAAACUUGGUAUAAAUAUAAAGGAACCAUCAGUUACAGAACCACUUGAAAGAGAACCAGAGACAAUAGUCGAUAAAAUAGCAAAGCCACCAGAAAAACCACAAUUCAAACGCAAAAUUGAAAGUGAUGAAGAAACAUCAAAACGCAGUAAAUUAUCUGCUGCUACUGCUCCUAUCCCUUCAGGUAUAAAUCAUUUUGAAGAAUCAGAUGAAGAAGAAUGGGAUUCUCUACUUGCCCAUCCUGUAUUCCCUCCUGAAAUGAUAUCGGCUGAAAAGCAAACUGAUCUAAUAGACAGAUUGAAUGAUCUACGAAGAGUAUAUACUUCAGUAAAAGCUCGUUUAGUUGUGACUGAUCGAAGAAAGAAAAAAAUUUAUAAACGAAAAAGGGAUCAGGCCAAAGCUGCUAGACAAGCAGCUAGUGGUGAAUCUUAAUAAAAUUUUGCUUAAGUGAUCCGUCUAUUUUAAUUUAAGUAUAGAUAUAUAAUAUAUUAAAUAUUUGAUAUUAUAUAAUUGAAAAUGUAAUUUCAAAUAAUAUUAUAUACUUCAUUGUAUUUAUUUAUUUUUAAACCUUCAAUACAAAGAUAACUUAUUUUUUUAAAGUAAAAUAGACAUUUUUUUGACAAUAUAUUAAAAUUAAAAAUUGUAUCCUA